AUGGCCAUAAGCCAACCCGCCAAGUUAUGCUUCGUCACAGUGGGAGCCACGGCGUCAUUUCAUCUACUCCUGCAGGCCGUGCUCGAUCAGCCAUUUUGGGAUGCUUUGCACCGGCUUAGCUAUACGCAUUUGCUCGUUCAGUAUGGCAAGGACGGUCGAUCCCUGUUCGAGGAAUCCCUUGCCAAAAUCUCCGAUCGUCACGGCAUCAAGCUCGACGGCUUCGAUUUCAAUCACGAAGGCCUUGAUGGGGAGAUGGGAUUGACGCAGUGUAAUCCAUUCGAGAACCGCAGCGGUGGAUUGAUCAUCAGUCAUGCAGGAUCGGGCAGUAUCCUCGGGGCCUUACGCCUCGGUGUCCCGCUGGUGGUGGUUCCCAAUCCGACCCUGAAGGAUAACCACCAGGAAGAUCUGGCGCGCGAGCUCCAGAGACAAGGAUAUGUCGUUGCCAGCCCAUACCAGGACGUCGCGACCGCCGUAGAGCGCGCGGAGACCCUGAGGUCUCAGAUGUUGACUUGGCCGCCUGUGAAUGGCGCUGGGAAGAAACAUCGUACGCUGGACCAGGUGAUGUCGGACGAGAUGGGCUUUUUGGAUUAA